CAACUUGGUUGCAGACACCCUAUUAAAUUGAGCCGCAGACAUUUAUUUACUUUUUGUUUUUCCCUAUAAAUGUUUAUUUUAACCGGCUACACCUAGUGUUCCUGAGUAAUAUAAUCAAAAGCCUACAAAUUAGUAAACAUUUUAAGGGUCUGGUCUACUUGCAAGUGAAGUUCUAAGUAAAUAAGAAGUCGAAGAGGCAUUUACAGUGGAGUUUCCGAUACGAAACAGGAGUUUCAAUUAGCCAAUAAUUAAAAAUAUUAAAGUUAGCUCACAGAAUCACAAAGAUGUCAUCUCUGCGGCUAAGCCAACAACAGCGCGAUCACUUGAGCCUGCUCCAAAGACCCGCCAGCGAUGUGGUGGAGCUGUGCAAGUCCGCCUUCGAUUACCUGAUAAAUGGACCCAAUCCCGGCCGCUACGAAGCGCUGGCCAAGAAGUACUCGGAUUCGGAAAGUCCGGAGGCUGUACAGCAGGCGGUGGAGGCGCUGAUAUCCCUGCUCAUCAACGUAACCACACGGAUAGAAAGUAGCACGGUUAACAUGCAGGCAAUCCUACGUCAAACCUUCCCCGAUCUCGGCGAGGAUGUGCUGGAAGUUCUCGAACAGUUUGUCACCAGCAAGCGAAACUUUGUGGAGGGCUCAAUCAAGUCGGCCAACAUACGUGCCUAUCGGCUGGUCAACCUGGACUGGCGACUAGAGGUGCGCACGGCUUCGAGGAGUCUUCUAAAAAAGUGCCAAGUAGUGGUGACCAUGAAGUUAUACCUGCACACCGAACCGAAGAACGAAAACCGUGAACUGCUGGCGGUGGACAUGUCCGGACGCAGUGAACAGGAGCUGAAGGCCAUGCAGGAGGACGAGCGGUUGCAUCGCAAGGAUAUGCUGGUGCAGACCGAUGUCAGCAGCCUGGUGCACAUGAUCAAAACGCUGGAGGACGCCCUGGCCGAGUCCAAAACGCGACGCAUCCGCAACAUAGUCGAAGGCAUACACUGAUAUACGAUUCUAGUACUCAUACACUUGUUAAAGCUAAUUUAAUCAGGACCAAUUUAUUACAACUAAUUCUAACUAGAAAA